GAAGAGCCACUGGAAGUGUGGCACAUACAUCAAUCGGGGCCUCCUUUACGUAAGCUUUGCAGUCGCAGAGCUCGCACGGUCGAGUGCUGCUGCUCAUCGCACGUAGUUUGCCUUCUGCCGCCGCGUAGCCGCAUCGUGCCAGUUGAUUCAGCCUGAAAUGUGCUCCAGGUGUCCGUUGGCCUCUUCUCGGCCGUCCUCCGCAGCUGCCAGAUGCGUGGAAGCUCGCGCUUCGUCACGUGCAACUCUGCUGCUUUAAGCGCGAGAGCGCCGAGGCGCAAUGCUCGAUAUUUUUUUUUUUCAAUCGUUCUUUUCUGUUUUUAUUUCAUUUCACACGUCGAUGUUGAUUACUUAUUUUCGUUAAUGUUACAUUCUUUACGUUCUGUCGUGUGAAAGUUCAUGUUCUGAUUGAUCUCGUUACCGCAUUAUGUAAGCUGCGCCCUAUUUGUUUUAUUAACUGCUAUUCUUCACUCUCGUUAAUGCGUUUACAAGAAUAUUCAAUUAUGGCUAUGCUACAUUUCACUCUGUUCGCCAACGUAAUAAAUAGGGCACUAAUUAAGACGAUAUCGAGCAGCGUCGAUUUGACGAUACUAGUUGACGACGACGACGACGACAAAAUGGCCGACACGAGUCAGCAGCAUCAACAGGAGGUGACGGAGCCGCCGCAGACAAACGGCGUUCUCGACGAAGGUCUUACGGAAGAGGAGAGAAGCAAAAUGAGGCCCGCAGAUAUUGACGCCGACAUGAAAGAAAUGGAAAGGAGAAAAAGAGUAGAGAUGAUGAUGAAUUCUCGCUUGUUCAGAGAAGAAUUGGAACGUAUCAUAGAGACCCAAAUGAAGGAUGGUUCCGGUCCGUCUGGACUGUUGCAACAAAUUUCGGAAAUGAUGGGUCAUCAAGGCGCUCGUUUCAAUACUAGUGUGUUCAAAAAUUCGAAUUGUGUGGUGCCGAUAAACGACAUUCGAGGUGUAGAGAGCAUGGGCUAUGCAAAGGGCGAGAAGCUGCUGCGCUGCAAGCUCGCCGCGGUCUUCCGGCUGCUCGAUCUGUACGGUUGGACGCAGGGCGUCGGAGGCAUGAUCACUGCCCGUUUGAAUCAGGACCAAGAGCACUUCCUCGUUAAUCCCUAUGGUCUUCUCUACCACGAGGUGACGGCCUCGAGCCUCGUCAAGGCUGAUAUGCAGGGCGGCGUGGUCGAACAGGGCACGACCAACUUUGGCGUGCAAAUCGCCGGAUACCAGCUGCAUUCGACCAUCCACGCCGCCAGACCCGACAUCAAAUGUAUCGUGCACAUCGCCACUCCAUCCGUCACAGCCAUCUCGUCGACCAAAUGCGGCAUUCUGCCCCUCGGCCAGGAGAGCAUCGUCAUCGGAGAGGUCAGUGCGCACCACUACAUCAGCGCCGGACCUCUCAACUCCGACGAGCGCGAGAAGCUUGCGCGCAAUUUUGGACCCAUCAACAAAGUCAUGCUGCUGACCAAUCGGGGUGCCCUCUGCUGUGGUGAGACCGUCGAGGAGGCCUUCUUCAACGUCUAUAACACGGUGCUUGCCUGCGAGACGCAACUCAAGCUUAUGCCCGUCGGCGUCGACAAUCUCAACCUCAUCACCGACGAGGCUAGGAAGGCCAUCUACGAGGCAUCGCGAAAGGCACCAGUCCCACAAACCAGCAGCGUCGCCGAACCCUCGCCUCUCGCUGAGAAGCUCGAGAAGCGCUGGCGCAUCGGUGGCACCGAAUUCGAAGCUCUUAUGCGCAUGCUCGAUAAUGCAGGCUUCCGUACUGGUUACAUCUACAGACAUCCAUUAGUCAAGAGUGAACCUCCAAGGCCAAGGAACGAUGUUGAAGUACCUCCAGCUGUUUCUUCUCUUGGAUAUUUGCUUGAAGAAGAAGAGUUAUACAAACAAGGCUUGUGGAAAGGUGGACGCAAAGGUAACGACAGAACACGUUGGCUCAAUUCACCAAAUGUAUACCAGAAAGUAGAAAUUCUAGAGACUGGUACUCCAGACCCAAAGAAGAUUACUAAGUGGGUGUCCGAUGGCUCGCCAACACACAGCAGCACACCAGUUAAAAUCGAUGGCGCUCUACAAUUUGUACCGAAAAAUACCAAUCCAAAAGAAUUCAAGCAACUUCAACAACAGAUUAAGGACUAUAGAAGAGCUGAUAAGAUUUCAGCUGGACCACAGUCACAUAUUCUUGAAGGUGUCACAUGGGAAGAAGCAAAGAAGAUGCAGGAUGCAACAAUAAGUGGUACUGGAGAACAGGUUGUGCUUGUUGGAGCCGCUAGCAAAGGAAUCAUUCAACGAGGAUUUCAACAUAACGCAAUGGUGUACAAAACUCCAUACGCAAAAAAUCCAUUUGAUGCUGUUACUGAUCAAGAGUUAGAUCAAUACAAAAAAGAAAUUGAACGUAAAACGAAAGGAGACAUCUAUGACGAAUCGCAGUCAGAAUCUGAAGCGCUUUCAUCUUUCAAUAUAAGUCGUGCCACACACGAAUCAAGCACUGCCAAGAGUCCUAUUCAGUCACCAGUUUCCGUAACAUCUGAAACGGAAGAAGAAAGUCGAGAUGAACCAAAAGUAUUACGGAUAGAAACCAAACAAGUGCCUGCGCCAAGUCAACCAGAAGUUGUGCUUAGUGAUGGAGUUUCUGGAGUGUCGAGACUUAGCAGCAGAAGUACUAACAGUAUUGAUGAUUGUUGGCGAUGGUCCGAUAACUACGACGACUGCGUGCUCGAGACGGCACGAGCUCAAGAGCUCCCUCGACCUAUGAAGCCUCUAAUUACUGAAGUUCAGAAAUUUUCUAAGGCCAAACAAAAAUUGAAAAAAGAUUUCUUUGAAAACUAUGAGAAUAUCAUUUCAAUUACGUCUAACUCUACAUCUGAAAACAAUGACAUCAAUCAGAAACGUGAGAGUGCUGCUGUUAAAUUUGGAAGACAUAAUAUAAAUUUACCAGUUGAGAAUUUCGAAAACAAGAAGAAAUCUAGUACAAAGUGCCAAAAUUACAGAGAAACGGAAACUGAAAUUAAUAAUAUUAGAUAUACCAAAACAGCUGACAUUAACUUUGCCGAAAUAGUUAGCUUACCUGUUGAGUAUUUUUCUACAGAGCAUACGAUUUAUAAUAUUAAUAAAAGAGAUGGUAAAACUACUGGGCACAUUCUAGAAAAGGCAGAAAAUAAUAUUGAAAAAACAACUAAUUUUUAUAACAUGAAGUUGAAUACUUUAUGGGAUAAUCAAACCAAUAAGAAUACAUUUCAACGGGAUAACUUACAGCAUAAAAAAGAACAGAGUAACAAUUUUGAGAGCAUGAAAGACAAUAGAGAUUUUGAUAAUUAUGUCAAUAAAUUACAAUUUUCCAAUUCCUACAGCAACGAAGAAGUGAACACGGAUAAGACAUGUUCUUUUUUCAUAAAUGAUACGAGCAAAAUAAAUAACAAUAGUAUAAAAUCUCAGAAUGAGUCUAUUCUGAGCACUUCAGAAAAAUCAUUCAACAGUACAAUAAAGGUAAUGUCUCCUAACAGUCAAAAUAAUGACACUACAACAAAUAAUCAAGCAUACACAGUAAACAAUAGUGUACAUUUUAAAAAUGAAUUUGAUGUAAGUGGUAAAUACGUAGAUCAUUAUGUGAAUGAAUUACAGUUUGAUAUUAGUAAUUACUCGAACGAUGCCGCCCUGGAUAAAUCUACAAUGAAAUCUCAUCAUAAUGUUUCUAAUCACCAAGACAUUCAAAACAAAAAUAUUAUAAUGAAUUAUUGCAAUGAACUAGAAUUCUCAACUGGUAAAAGUCAAAAAAAUAUUACAUUAGACCAAAGUCCUGUAGAAACAUUUGAACUCGAAUUCAAUACUAAAAUGCAAUCUUUAGUUAAUAGUUAUUCAACACCACUAGAAGAUGAUACUUUUGAGAAAAAUCCAUUGGAUGUUAAUUUAAAAUUAUUUUUGGAAAAUCAAAGUGACAUGGAUAAUCAUUUGUCGAAGGAAUCAUUUGAAAAUAUUAACGCAAUAGUAAAAACUAAUGUAGUAUGUGACAAUAUUUUUCGUAGUUCAAAUCGAGAAAGUUCUGACAGUAAUGGUAAUGCGUGGACUAGUGACAGCACGAACUGUUAUGAUGAUGAGAUUGAACGACCUCGUAAAUUAAGAAAAUUUAAAUCAAAUUUAGAUUUUACAUUCUCAGAAACUGACAAAAGUAGUGGAGAUUUUAGUCCUGUGUCAACUCCAAGAAGUAGCUUUUUCAGUGAUGAUGAAUUGGUAAUGAAAAGAAUUACUCGGAAUGAUAGUAUUUCUGAAGUAGUUAGUAGUAUUGAUGCUAAUAUAAAACCCACUUCCAAAGUUUUUGUUGAUAUGCUAGCUGAUACUGAAAAUUCACUAAAGUAUAACCUUGAUUCUCAAAAUAUGAGUCUCAUCUAUAGCAUUACACCACAAAAUGAUAUAGGCUGUUCCAGUCAAGACACAACCAUAACAGAGGAUCUUUUAGAAGAUAUUGAAGACCGUGAGGAUAUCAAAAAUGAGAAAAAUAAUGGUGACGUUAAUUGGAUUAAUCUUACUUCUACUGAUAAAAAAAAAGAAAACACAUAUGAAACAAGUGAAUUGUCAAAAAACUCAUUUUUGUCUAAUAUUUCGUAUCCAGGAUUGGAUCAACGGGAGUUAUCGAAGUCUACGUAUCAAGAUUUACAAAAAUCUAAUGAUGAGACCUUUCAUAGGGAUAUGAGCACGUCGGUUGAUCAAAUCAUUCAAGAAUUAAAUGACGCGGAAAUACAUAUAAGCGCUGCUAAUUUUGUGGAUGAAAUCAUAUUUGAUAUUGAAUGCUUAAAUUUGACACGUGAUUCGAGUAGUCGCUACUCUAAUAAGGAAGAACUAAACCGAUUUAUAAAAGAAAAGAUUUCAUCUAUAAAUUUUACCAGAAAUUUAGCGAAAGAUCUUGUUAAUAAUUUGUCUUACAACGAAACUUCGACUACGUCAACUGCCAAGGAGAGAAUACCAUCAACGGCGACCAUUCGGAUGCGCACCACAGCACGUUCUCGCAUAGUAGCAAAGAGGGUGGUUCCAUGUCGCAGGACGUAAGCGUUAGUGAGGAGUCACCUAAAAAAGAAAAGAAGAAAAAGAAAGGCCUGCGGACUCCAUCCUUCCUGAAAAAGAAAAAAGAAAAGAAGAAGUCAGUCGAGGCGUAGGUAGUUGAUGCUCAGCCACUGCCAAUAAGAAAAAAAGCUCAUUUCAAGUGAAAGAAAAAUAAACAAAUGCAACUCCUCAAGCAAAGCGAUAAAUGUGUAAAGCUUGAAGAUGAAGAAAUUAACUCUAGAGAUGCAAGAAAAAUGGCGGCGUGCGAUACAGCAUUUUUCUGGAACUCAAGACUGCCAUUUUACAAUUACUGCGAAUUAGCGAUUUCGUUACUAUUGUCUAUUAUUAAAAAUCGCUACUUCAUUCAUAUAUAAAUGCUAAAAAGGGACUUAUGUUUAAUACGACUUACUAAUCUUUGUUUGAUAUAAAAUUGAAUUUGUAAGGAAAAAUGCCGUAGAAUGCGCCGUAGAAAAUACGUAAUAGUAACAGAACUAAUGAAGGCCGACUUUUCGUGAGUUUUUUAAAAAUGUUGAACCUAGACAAGAAUACGAUACAGCUUACGCCUUUUUUCUUCUACUACUCUAUUUUCAUAAGCGGCCUAGGAAACAAUCGAGAUAAACACAGAACGAACGUUAAGGGCUGAUCUAGCCACAAUAUUUUUAGCGCGUUGCGACCGGCAGCGCUAGAGAUGACGAAACGAUCGAUUGAAAUACACGCAAAUAAAAAAUCAAUUAUACGAUAAAUAUUAUAUGAAAAAAGAAGGAAAAAACAUGUAACAGCGCUAUGUGUGUUGGAAGAGUAACGGUCGUAGUAAUGUUAGUAUAAUUCGAUCAAUUUGGCUUUGAAUGCUUGUGCUUGCAAACUGAAACCGUGAAAAUGCUUUUAAUGCGUUUUAUCUUUAAACUCUGCUAUUGUCCAUUGUCUUUUAUCACUUUGCUCCUCCUCUUUCGUAAUUUCGAUUAAUAGGAAGAUGCGUAGAAGAGGAGAACCAAGCAGUAAUUAAGCAAAGAGGCAGUCAAAGAAUACAGCGAUUUUUAAAUAAAUAAAACAAAAAAUCAAGACGAUGUUGUAAAUGCUGAAAAAUGAAAAUAAUGUGACUUGUCGCUGUUCGUAAAUUGACUAUAUAUUUUAUUUUUUAUUGUUCUGUCGUUUAGCUUUUAUCGAUAUCAUUGAUAUUAAAUUAACGAUUUAAGGACGAACUAAGUGCGGAUGUACGAUGUAACGUCUUAAGCAUUCUUUGUACAGAGAAAAAAUGAAGUAAAUAAUUUACUACGUACGUGGGUUGGAUUCAUCCUUUUCCUCCCUUUAAGAAAGUUCUAUCUACGGCGAGUGCCUUUUGUUUUGUAUCGUGAUCUGCUAUUGAUUGAGGUAUUUGUGUUGUGAGAAUGCUACUAUUAUUUUCUUUUAAUCAAAUUAAGAAUUUUCUUUUGAGAAUUCUGUGACAACAGUAAAAUUGUACAAUACAAAAUGAAUUUUAUGAAUUAUUGUUCAAUAUUGAUUUUAUAAAAUGAUUUAAAAUAUUUUAUGAUUUUUUCAUGCUUGUUAUGCUUAUUAGUUUUCUAGAUAUGGAGAAAAUUAUUCGAAGAAACAAUCAAAGGCACUUGGAUUGUGUUUCAUUUUUCUCUUUGCAUAUUUGCACGUCAAUCAAUUGAAGAGAAAAAUAUAUUAGAAAUCAUGAUAAAUUUGAGAAAAAAAUUAAAUUAUACAUGCUAAAAAUGUUGAUACAGAGAUUAUUGAGAGCGACAUAAGACAUUAUAUGUAAACGAAAAUAAAGUGAAUGCAAAAUUAAGAACCUUAUGAAGUACUAUCAUGCAUAGCGGUAAUGAUUGUAUUAUUGACCGAUAUGAUAAUUACA